CUGAAGAAACAGUAUUUUAAAAAAAAUAUUAGAUGGAUUCUAGAUUCUGCAUCUAAUUUCAUCAACAUUUGAUAAUAAAUAAAAAUUGACUACUGCAUCAAAAUUGAAGAUGCUAUUUUAACAGCCAGGUCUUUUGGCUAACGGGUCUUUUGAAUAUUUUUACUGUUAUUUAGCUUCUGUAAAGCGCUUCAGUCUCUUUUAUGUUGCUUUUUUGCCUUUUUCUGUUGCUUAUGUUUGAGCAAAGGCUUAAGCAGUUUAUCUUCAAUAGUUAGUGAAAAUUAUUAGCUUUUUUUCACAUGAUAAAGACAGAUCACUGUGGGGAAAACCUUUUAAAUUUAAGUGAUUUAAAGCUAAGAAAGUGGAGAAAUUCAGAAAACCUGAUGUGAUAGUAAAAAACAAAGUAUAUAGGCUGUUUAAGACCACAACUGUUUACUAUGGGUUACAUGAGUUUUUCAAUCAAAAAUGAUAAUAAAUUUAGACUUGGUUUGGAUCUGAUUUAUUUUUAUACUCAGUUAUGGAAAAAAUAAAUCAGUCUUUCUGUGUUUUCUGAACACUAGCGCCCCCUGCUGACACCUAUUUUAUACUGCACUGCUUCUGUCCAUGGUUCUGAAAUUUGCUUUCAAAUUUUUAUGCACUUUUAAACAUAUUUAUGCCGAUAUUUUUCUAAAAUUCUGUUGUUAAAGAUUCUCCUUUUCUCUAAUGGUCUCUCCUCCUCUGGCUCCCCCACCUGCCCACCUGAGAAGGUUUCUCCCCCCUCAUCCUUUUAACCGGCUCAGCUUUGUUAAUCCUCACAAUGACCAAUGCAGAUAUGUGCGUGCGCUCGUUUCAGGACACGCUGCAAUGUACCAUCGGUACGCGCUGGUUCAGAUCUCUUUGACUCAUCAGGUGGAGUUUACAGAGAGUGGGUUCUGUUGGACUUUUGAAUGAGUUUAGGCGUGCAGAAUGACCCGCAGGACCCCAGCAGGUCCAGCUCUCCGCAUGUGGUCAUGAGACGACGGGCUGCAGGGGCUCUUUAUACCUCACCUGCAGAAAAUUCCCUUUUUUUCUGGGAUUGAGUUCCUGUCAGUGGUCCGUCACACUUCACGGAUCUCCUGAAGAGUGGAUGUUGCGUUUUCUCAGGUGACUUUGUGGUGUGAAACUACAGAAAUGGACGGAGUCAAGAAAGAUGUCCCCCCUUUGGGGGAAGCAGGCAAAUCAGACACCCUGGGGUCGACCGGCUCAGCCAGGAAACGGGGAGGGGGGGCCAAGAAGGCAAUGCAGGCCAACAAAUCUGCCCUCCGGGCCCCUCGAGCUCUUUGCUGCCUUACCUUAAGCAACCCCAUCCGCAUGGCAGCGCUGGCCUUGGUGGAGUGGAAGCCCUUUGAUAUUUUUAUUCUGCUUGCCAUUUUUGCCAACUGUGUGGCCAUGGGGGUCACCAAGCCAUUCCCAGAUGACGAUUCUAACCCCACCAACCACCAGCUCGAACAAGUGGAGUACGUGUUCCUCGUCAUCUUCACCAUUGAGACCUUCACAAAGAUUCUUGCCUACGGCCUCGUCAUGCACCCCAGCGCCUACAUACGCAGCGGGUGGAACUUGCUUGAUUUCGUCAUUGUCAUUGUCGGGUUGUUCAGUGUGAUGGCAGAGGGCAUGACGGACCAUAAACCUGGAGAGGCCCAUCACGCUGCGGGGAAGCCCGGAGGCCUGGACGUGAAAGCCCUCAGAGCGUUCAGGGUGCUGCGACCGCUGCGUCUUGUUUCCGGAGUACCAAGUCUACAGAUUGUGUUGAACUCCAUUAUGAAAGCCAUGGUCCCCCUGCUGCACAUUGGUAUGCUGGUCAUGUUUGUCAUCAUAAUCUAUGCCAUCAUCGGCUUGGAGCUCUUCAUCGGCAGGAUGCACAAGAGCUGUUACGACAUCAGCACAGGCCUCAUGGUGGAGGAUGAUCCGUCCCCCUGUGCGUUCGCUGGGAGUGGGCGCUUCUGCGUCACCAACGGCACAGAGUGCAGGGGAAAGUGGGAAGGUCCUAAUGGUGGAAUCACAAACUUUGACAACAUUUUCUUCGCCAUGUUGACAGUUUUUCAGUGCAUCACCAUGGAGGGAUGGACAGACGUCCUCUACUGGAUGAAUGACGCCAUCGGUUUUGAGAUACCCUGGAUUUACUUUGUUUCUUUGGUCAUCUUCGGGUCGUUUUUCAUCAUCAAUCUUGUUUUGGGUGUUUUGAGCGGAGAGUUUUCCAAGGAAAGAGAAAAGGCCGUGGCGCGAGGGGAGCUGCAGAAGGCGCAGGAGAGCAAGCAGAUGGAGGAAGACAUGAUAGGCUACAUGGACUGGCUGAUAGAAGCUGAGGAUGUGGACGAAGAAGGAAAUAAGCGUGCUGCAAUCGCAAAGAAAAAGAUGAUGAAGAAGUUUGGCUGGUACAAACACAGCGAGGACGGAGGAGAGUCAGACUCCGAUGACGACAUUGCGUACCUCGAUGACGACAGUGGAUUCUGCGCUUCACUCAUGGCCAAAAUGAUGGCUAACAGCUUCUGUGACCAGCUGUGCCAGCUCAACCACACUUUCAGGAAGAACUGCCGUGUUGCAGUGAAGACCACCAACUUCUACUGGCUGGUGCUGCUGCUCGUGUUCCUCAACACCGUGGCCAGCGCCUCCGAGCAUUACGGUCAGCCGAAAUGGCUCACGGAGCUGCAAGAGCGAGCCAACAAGAUCCUGCUGCUGCUGUUCACUCUGGAGAUGUUGAUGAAGAUGUACGCCUUUGGCCUUCAGAUAUAUUUUAUGGCUUUGUUUAACCGCUUUGACUGCUUUGUGGUGUGUGGCGGCAUUCUGGAGACCCUGCUUGUGGAGAUGGACGUCAUCCCGCCCAUCGGCAUCUCGGUGCUGCGCUGCAUCCGACUCCUCAGGAUCUUCAAAAUGACUCGGCACUGGGCUGCCCUCUCUGAUCUGGUCACCUCACUACUCAACUCCAUGAAAGCUAUCUGCUCCCUCCUGCUCCUGCUCUUCCUCUUCCUCAUCAUCUUCGCUUUGUUAGGAAUGCAGUUGUUUGGGGGUAAAUUUAACUUUGACGAAACCCAGAUGAAGAGGAGCACCUUUGACUCGUUCCCUCAGGCUUUGCUCACGUGUUUCCAGAUCCUCACGGGAGAGGACUGGAACGCUGUGAUGUACGAUGGGAUCAUGGCAUACGGAGGGCCCAUCUUCCCCAACAUGGUGGUGUGCAUUUACUUUGUCAUCCUUUUUGUCUGCGGUAACUACAUCCUCCUCAACGUCUUCUUGGCUAUUGCUGUGGACAACUUGGCAGGAGGUGGAGAAAAGAAAAAAGUGGAAGAGAAAAAAGAGGAGGAAGAGGAGUGGGAUGAAGAUCAAGAGAAAGAAGAUGAGGAUGCAGGGAAUGAAGAGGAUGACUGGCCAGAGAACGAAGAGCUGAGAGCCAUCGAGGGACUGGAAGGAGUUGCUCCACUGAAGCCAGAAUUCUCCGGGCCCAAAGAGAAGAUUGUGCCGAUCCCAGACGGAAGCUCCUUCUUCAUCCUCGGAAAGAAAAACUGCUUGCGAGUCGCCUGCCACAACCUCAUUCAUCACCCCUACUUCACCAACUUCAUCCUCAUCUUCAUCAUCCUCAGUAGCAUUUCUCUGGCUGCAGAGGAUCCAAUCAAAUCUCAUUCGUUUAGAAAUAUUGUGCUGGGAUAUGCUGAUUAUGUCUUCACCUCAGUCUUCACCGUGGAAAUCGUGCUCAAGAUGACAGUUUACGGAGCUUUCCUGCACACGGGCUCCUUCUGCAGGAACGCCUUCAAUCUCCUCGACCUGCUGGUGGUCAGUGUGUCCCUCACCUCUUUUUUCCUGCAUUCAAGCGCCAUCUCUGUGGUGAAGAUUCUUCGUGUUCUUCGAGUUCUCCGGCCUCUUCGAGCCAUCAACAGAGCCAAAGGAUUAAAGAACGUGGUUCAGUGUGUGUUCGUGGCGAUCCGCACCAUCGGCAACAUCCUGAUCGUCACAACCCUCCUUCAGUUCAUGUUUGCUUGUAUUGGGGUUCAGCUUUUUAAGGGCAGAUUCUACAGCUGCACAGAUGAAGCCAAACACACUCCAGAGGAGUGCAAGGGAACGUUUGUGGUUUACAAAGACGGGGAUAUGAACCACCCCAUGGUCAAGGAGCGGAUUUGGGAGAACAGCGAUUUCAACUUUGACAAUGUGCUGAUGGGAAUGUUGGCCUUAUUUACAGUUUCAACCUUUGAAGGCUGGCCACUGCUCCUGUACCGGGCCGUGGAUGCAAACGCCAUCAACCGAGGCCCCAUCUACAACUACAGAGUGGAAAUCUCCAUCUUUUUCAUCAUCUACAUCAUCAUCAUCGCCUUCUUCAUGAUGAACAUAUUUGUGGGUUUUGUCAUCAUCACAUUUCGAGAGCAGGGAGAGGCCGAGUUCAAGAACUGCGAGCUCAACAAGAAUCAGCGUCAGUGUGUGUAUUAUGCUCUUAAAGCUCAACCCAUCAAGAUCUACAUUCCCAAAAACCCGUCUCAGCUUAAAUUCUGGAGAAUCAUCAACUCCAGCCAGUUUGAGUACGUCAUGUUUGUGCUGAUUCUGGGAAACACGCUCACUCUGGCUAUUCAGCACUAUGAGCAGUCCAAACUGUUCACCUCCGUCAUGGACAUCCUCAACAUGAUCUUCACCGUGGUUUUCACCAUUGAGAUGAUCAUCAAGCUGCUGGCUCUGCGUGCUCAUCACUACUUCAUUGAUCCUUGGAACUCCUUCGAUGCUCUGAUUGUGGUCGGGAGCGUGUUGGACAUCGCCGUCUCUGAGUUUAUACAUUUUCUCCAGGGUGGCGGUGGUGGUGGUGGUGGGGGUGCAGGAGGAGGAAGCGGGGGCGGGAAAGGAGAGCACGCAAAAGUGUCCAUCACGUUUUUCCGUUUGUUCCGAGUGUUGAGAUUAGUCAAACUGCUCAGCAAAGGAGAAGGCAUCCGUACUCUUCUCUGGACGUUUGUCAAAUCCCUGCAGGCUUUACCGUAUGUCGGCCUCCUGAUCGCCAUGAUCUUUUUCAUCUAUGCUGUGAUCGGCAUGCAGAUGUUUGGGAAGAUAGCUGUCGAUGAUGAAACAGAAAUCAACAGAAACUGCAACUUCCAGACUUUCUUCAUGGCAGUUCUGGUGCUUUUCAGGUGUGCCACAGGAGAACAGUGGCAGCAGAUCAUGCUGGGAGCUCUGCCCGGCAGACGCUGUGACCCGGAAUCUGACACUGAGCCCGGUGAAGAGUUCACCUGUGGCAGCAACCUGGCCUACAUUUACUUCAUCAGCUUUUUUAUGCUCUGCGCUUACUUGAUCAUCAACUUGUUCAUCGCUGUCAUCAUGGACAACUUUGAAUAUUUAACAAGAGACUGGACCGUGUUGGGUACUCACCAUCUGGAUGAGUUCAAGAGAGUUUGGUCUGACUACGAUCCAGAGGCCACUGGUCGGAUCAAGCACAUCGACGUGGUCACCAUGUUGCGCAGGAUUCAGCCUCCUCUCGGCUUUGGAAAGCUGUGCCCCCACCGUGUGGCGUGCAAAAGGCUGGUCGCUAUGAACGUCCCACUGCAUUCCGAUGGGACGGUCACCUUCAAUGCCACCCUGUUUGCUCUUGUGAGGACCUCACUUAAGAUCAAAACUGAAGGGCCAAUUGAUAAACAGAAUGAAGAACUGAAGAUUAUUAUUAAGAAGCUCUGGAAAAGAACAAAGCCUAAACUCAUUGAUGAGGUGAUUCCGCCCCCUAGAGGGGAUGAGGUGACAUGUGGAAAGGUUUAUGCCAGUUUCCUGAUUCAGGACUACUUCAAAAAGUAUCGCAAAAGAAAAGAGAGGGAGAGGAAAUCUAAGAAGAAAGACAAGGCAGCGGCUCUUCAGCAAGGUCUGCGGACGCUGCACGACCUGGCCCCAGAGAUGCGCCUGGCCAUGGCCUGUGACCUGGAUGAAGAAGAGGCCACAGAGGGUGAGAUGACAGGGGACGAGAUAUUUGACAGUGAGCCUGGAACUUCAGUGAACACCACACCGGCACCCACGCCGAUGCCACCUCUGGAGGUGCUGGUAGAACAGACCGCCGCCAUUUAUAUUGAGCCGCAGCCCCACGUGGUUAAUGGAGGAGUGAUCACCGAGCAGGUGAACGGCCUGCAGGAGCAUCAGAAACCAGGAUCAGAGCUGGCGGGGGUCAGCGUUGUUACAGAGCAGCCCCUGCGGUCUGAGCCUCUGCCUGUCAGCGUGGUCUCCAUCAGUGAGUCUCCUCUUCCUCCUCCCCCGGAUUUGCUGGUGGAAAGUGAGCCUGUUGCUGAAGUGGCUGCAAGUGCAGCGACAGAGCAGUUUUUUAGCAAUGAGUUAGAGGCUGCAAGCCUGGCAUCAGUAGACGGGUAUUCCUAUCCAGAACCCAUGUCUCCUCUACCAACGGAUUCAGGCUUCAAUGGCCAAAGUCUGGAUAUGACCAGCAGCAUCGGAGAGAUACCAUACGACACUCACAUUCCUGACGACUUUGUUGACCAUGGCUACAGUGAUGGCAACAUUAACGUGGAGAGUGCUGCCGCAAGUCCCACUCCCUAUGAAGAAAACCUGUACAACGGCAAUGGAUACACAGGUUACCACGGCAAUGGCCGCGCCAGCAUCAACGGCAACGAGAGCAUGGUGAGCGGCUUCAAUGAAAACGGCAGCACCUUCAGCGGUUUCAAUGGAAAUGGCUACAACACAAACGAGAACGGCGCCGCGCAGUUCGUCAGGAGACGCCUCCUCCCCUCCAUUCCAAAAGGCAAUAAGCCCACCUUCAACUUCCAGUGUCUGCAGCCACAAAGCAGUGUGGACAACCUCCCCAUCCCCGGUAAUUACCAAGGCAACACCUCCCCAACCAGAUCCCGUCUGAAGGCCCAGCUCAGCCUGGACUCACGGCCCAGCAGUGUGUCCUCCAUGUCCACUGCCUCCUGGGCAAACACGGCAGCAGCUGGCACCACCCCAGUUCCAGGCUUAAUUGCCCCUUCGGGUCGGAGGGGCAAGCUCAUCUACACCCCAAUGAUCCUUGUGGAUGAAUCCAGCGGUACGAGUCAGCCGCUGUGGAGCGACGGCUCUGCCAGCUUGCCAGCAGGGAGGCGCUCAGCCUGGUACCCCGGCCAGACCAGGACCUUCACCAGCGUUCGGAUGCCACCGCCUGUCAACCCGAGCUUUGUGGAGAAAGGCAGCGCAGACAGUCUGGUCGAGUCGAUUUUGAUCUCUGAGGGUCUAGGCAUUUACGCCAGGGACCCAAAGUUUGUGAACUUUGCCAAGCGAGAGAUUGCGGAAGCGUGCCAUAUGAGCCUGGAUGAGAUGGAGAGCGCCGCUGCUGACCUGAUCGCACGCGGAGCCAGCCAGUCGCUCUCCCGCUUCGAGGACGAACUCGCCGAUGAAAUGAACUGCGUGAUUUCUUACUGACACUUGCAUAAAAAUGGGACAUUGAAGAACAAAUAGAAUCACCUCUCACAUGGAGUGUGUGCUUAUACUAAAUGUGAGGAAAGACAAAUUGUAUAUCUGAACUUAUACAUCAUGGUUGUGCAUGAAGCACAUAUGUCUAUGAAUGCCAAAGCACUCACACAGACACACUGACUUUAAAAGCAUACACAACUAUGUGAUUAUUUGAGGGUUUUACAGAGGAGUCACCUGAGACUCCAAAAAAUGUGUCACUUUUUUUCAUCAUUUUCUUUUUUAUACUCCCUUGAAUUUGGCCUCAGUAAAAACAAAACCUGGAUAUAUUAAACGAUUAUUACCUGUAGAUCAAUAAAAUUGUUUCAAACAGAAAUAUUGUCCAUUCAAAAGCAUUAUAUUUUAGAGAAAUAUUUAGGUGAACUGAAUAUCCUCUAAGAUGCAGAAUGCAAACUUGUAGCAGAAGUGUCUGAACUGUUUUGGAUUGUUUGGAUUUGUGGCUGUACCACAAACAUAUUAAAUAUAUUUUAUUUUUAAAAUGUU